CUAAGACUUCAUUUUGAGAGGGCUGUACAGUACUUGAGUACAACCACGGGAAUCGCAUGUCUUAUUGAGUCAGAUUCACUGUCGCCUUCCAAGACUCAGGUACGGACUGGUACCUCGGCCCUUGUAGGCUUGUACACGGCUUGUACGGCUUGUACGUCCGUGCAUGGGCAAGGUUGCGAUUUCACGAGGGACUCUGGACUCUUUUGAAAGCUGUCCUCACCAAAAUUGUCCUGAUAUCAAGUCCUCGGCGCGCGCAUUAUCCACCUCGCAGUAGAAAACAAAAUCUGUCCUGUCUUUCUAUACUCUGGAUUUUCACCUUCAAUUGGGCUGGCCAAUUGCAAAUUAAUGUGUCUUUGACGACUGCGGCUCCAUUCCUGCCUGCGCGGCGUCCCUGUGUCAUUAACUAGGAUCAUCACCAACUUCCCUUGAACAGUCAUUUUCGAACCAUGGCGCCAAAAUCCAGAUUUACGCGGCUAGAUGCCUUUACAAAGACGGUGGAUGAGGCGAGAGUGCGGACAACCUCGGGAGGUAUUGUCACGAUAGCUUCGUUGCUCAUCGUUCUGUGGCUCGCCUGGGGAGAAUGGGCCGAUUACAGGCGCAUCGUCAUCCACCCUGAAUUGAUUGUGGAUAAAGGACGAGGUAUGUAUCUCUAAGUGAUAGAAGGACUACUAGCAUGGAAAGGCUGAUUUUGCGAUUUUGAAUAGGCGAAAAGAUGGAGAUCCAUCUGAACAUUACAUUCCCCAAGUUACCAUGCGAGAUCUUGACCUUGGAUGUGAUGGAUGUUUCUGGGGAACAACAAGUUGGUGUGAUGCACGGUGUCAGUAAGAUUAGGAUGGCGCCCAAGGAAGAGGGUGGACAUGUUCUAGGCGUCAAGCCUUUGGAUCUGUAAGUAUUUGGAAGAGGCUUGUGGGCUAUCUGGACAGAUCAUUAACUUUAUGGCAGGCAUGCCGAGGACGACCAGGCGACACAUCUUGACCCGAGCUACUGUGGUGGUUGUUAUGGUGCGACCCCUCCAGCAAAUGCGAAGAAAGCCGGCUGCUGUAAUACUUGCGACGAAGUCAGAGAGGCUUAUGCUAGUGUCUCGUGGGCUUUCGGGAGAGGAGAUGGGGUCGAACAAUGCGAGCGCGAACACUAUGGAGAAAAACUGGACUCCCAGAGAAAGGAAGGAUGUCGAAUUGUUGGAAAUCUCCGAGUCAACAAGGUUGUUGGAAAUUUCCACAUUGCCCCAGGACGAAGUUUCAGCAACGGGAACAUGCACGUUCACGACUUGAACAACUACUACGAUACUCCAGUCGAGGGUGGCCAUACUUUCACCCAUGAGAUCCAUUCCCUUCGUUUUGGUCCACAACUGUCGGAGGAUGUGACCAAAAAGAGAAACACCAAGACCGAUUUGUGGACUAACCACCAUGUCAAUCCAUUGGACGAGACUUCGCAAAUCACGACUGACCCCAAUUUCAACUUCAUGUACUUUGUCAAAGUGGUCUCAACCUCGUAUCUUCCUUUGGGAUGGGAAACUUCGGCAUCUGCUUCUCAUCACGACGAGCAGGUCGGACUCGGAACCUAUGGACACCAAACUGAUGGAAGUGUCGAGACGCAUCAAUACUCGGUCACCAGCCAUCGCCGGAGUUUGAUGGGUGGCGAUGAUUCUGCUGACGGCCACAAGGAGAAGAUCCAUGCUCGUGGUGGUAUUCCAGGUGUUUUCUUCUCAUACGUAGGUUUUCCAAUCAUCCUGAUCUCACUCCACUCUAACAUUGGUUGUUUAGGAUAUCUCACCCAUGAAAGUCAUCAACCGAGAGGAGCGCUCGAAAAGUUUUACCGGCUUCUUGACUGGUCUUUGCGCAAUUAUUGGUGGUACUUUGACGGUGGCCGCAGCCGUUGACCGUGGAUUGUAUGAGGGUGGAUCACGACUGAGAAAGAUGCAAUCUAAAACCAUGUGAAUAGAAUCAGGAUGCAGUCUUUGUUGGGUUUUCCGUUAUAUGGGCAUGGGCAGGAGUUAAGAGGGAUUUUGAAUAGGCAGAUUACUGUAGUAAAAGAAGAAUUUUGAAGUUACCUUGAUUACAC